UCGAAAAGCAUAACCAUUAGAAAUAUCAAAACAUUCAAAACAAAAAGAAUCAUUAGUUUGAUCAUUAUUUAUUUAAUGCACCGUUUGCUUUAAACGUUGCGUACGAUGUCGGUUAAAGAGGAAAAGGUUUGUCGUCUUUGCAUGUCCCGCACUAACGUCGUCCAUACCCUACUGGAAGAUAAUCUUCUACAAAAAGUGGCUAUUUGUGUUAGUCUCCUGAUAAAACCCGAUGAUACAAUUCUUCCCUUGGAUAUUUGCGUUCUUUGUACAUUAAAAGUUAAAGACUUUUUCGAGUUUCGCCAAAACUGUUUGAAGGUACAACAACUUUUCGAACAAAGUCAGGCGAGCGAAUUGGAAGAAAAAUCAUGUCCACCAUCAAAACUAGUAGAACCCAGAAUCGAGAAAUGCAACUACGUUGAACUGGAAGAGUCUACAAAGAUUUCCAAACUGGAAGUAGAGUUUGAUCGUUCUGUUGAUCAUGAACAUUUGGAUGAAUACGAGCUUCUAUAUGAAGAAGAAAUGGCGCCAGAGUUCGCGGAACUAGAAGAUGACAGCGAGGAGCAAACUGAGAACAUUUUGGACGAGCAAGAGAAAGUUCUCUUGGAUAUUGAAGAAUCGGUAGACUCUGAUAAUGAUAAUCAUCAACAUUUCGAAGUUGAAGUUCUUGAGGUACACCAAGUGAAGAGUCCACUGCAAUCUGCAUGUAAGGAAGAAUCGUCUGUCCCACCUGUUCAACAAAUAGAUUUUAUUGAAGAAGCCGAAACCGAUACUUACACCGUACCGAAGCGUGGAAGUGUGCGAAAAAAACAAAACACCGAGUUAGGCCCAAAACGGGAUGAAAAGGAAAUUUAUCGUUCACUGCUAAAAAAAUGCGAGACAUGUGGUAAAUUGGUUGAGCGUAAUCGUCUGGAGGGUCAUUUGAAUCGGCAUGUCAAUAUUCGACCAUAUGAAUGUGGAGCACCGGAUUGUAAAAGAAAAUUCCACUGCAAAAUUGCGCUUCGACUGCACACACGGGGACGUCAUAGUGACAAACGUUUGCCUUGUGAUCUGUGCGGAAAAGUAUACAGCUCUACUAAAACUCUUUACCAUCAUAAAAAGGAAACACACUCCGAGAGGCGGUUCAAGUGUGAACUGUGUGAGCUGUGUUUCGUGUCGAACGCUCGUUUGAAUCGGCACAUGAUGACGCAUAGCGAUACAUUCGAAUUUAAAUGUCCGCAUUGUCCCAAAGAGUUCUACCGCAGCAAUAACCUUAAAGUACACCUGAGAAGUCACACGAAAGAGAAACCCUUUGCCUGCAGUGCUUGUGACAAAGCCUUCGGAUACCAGCGGCUGUUGAGGGAUCACGUAGCUCGGCAUCAUAGUUGAGAUGAUUUUUCAGCGCUGCGCGAUUUGUACAUAAAAUAUUAUAUUUGCGAUAGCAAUUUUUCGUUCAGUUACUUGUCACUAGUGAUGUAAGAAAACAAACCUCCCUUAGUUUUAAUAAGUUUACGCAGGUGUCUUAGUUCACAAAAUAAAUAGUUUCGAAUGUA